CGAUAUAAAAAGCUUUGGAGGCCGGCUAAGAGCAACAGUUACACUUUUGACUUGGCGGAUCACGCAGCAUACGGAUUAACUGUGAACAGUGAAUAACAGAAAAUGAAGCUAAUUUGUUUUUUAUUGAUCGGCAUUUGGGUUGCGGUCGCGCAGGCACGUAGUGACAAAUAUUUUGGUGGGAAAUACCAUGCGCCAACAAAAGCAGCAACAACACGUCAGCAAACAACAAAACCAACAACCAGCAAAGUGAACUUCCCACAGCGACAAACAACAGCCGCUUACAAACAUCCGAACAACAUUACGGCCGGCCGACGCAGUGAUGCUGGACCAAAAGUGCCGAUCUUGCGUAACGAUCAGGAAAUGAAAAAAGACGGCCGCUAUCACUAUCAAUACGAAACGGGCAAUGGCAUUAGUGGCAUGGAACAGGGCACUGCUGGUGUUGCAAUCAAAGGUGCCUCCAGCUAUGUCUCACCCGAAGGUGUGGCAAUCAAGCUGUCCUACACGGCGGAUGAAACCGGCUAUCAUCCGGUGGGCGAUCACAUACCCAAGACACCCGACUAUGUGCUGCGCGCACUCGAAUAUAUACGUACACACCCCUUCAAGGUGAUAAAGGCCGGCGAAUUGCGCCCACGUCUGUCCACUGAGAUUGCGCCACCAUUACUUACCCCCAACAAUUCGCGAAAUUUCAACUACAAGACGAGCAGCUUCAACAGCAAGAGCGUUGCGACGAAACGUCCGAGUCAAAGGAAUGCUAGACGCAAUGAUGUGCGGCGCCGUUUUUGAAGUGUGUCUGUUUUACGUAUGUUGUAAAAUGGUUCACACCCUCUGUUGUGGCGUAGAUAAGAAGAAAAUGUAUUCUAAUUUAUUUAUAAAGAAUUUAACGAAUUCCAUGCACAUUAUUUAGCUGACGGACCGACGCACCGACGCACUCAUUCAUAGUUAAUUACAUUCGCACGAAUACAACACUGUUAUAUAUAUAAAAAAUGCAAACUGGUUAAAUAAAAUAGUUUAAUUUCAACACUUUUUCCAAAUAGUUGCGAUUUUAGGAUUGGAACGAGUUUUCAACGGCAUGCAAGUCCUAAACCGUCAAAGGGUCACUGUCCAACUUGCCGCAAUUAGUGGACUAAACACAGUUGAGCAGCAAAAUCUUUAAGUAUACCCGCUCUGAGAGCUUAAAGCUUAGUCUUCAAUAUUUCAGAAAUCGUAAAAAUGCACAGGUCUAAACCGUCAAUGAGUGUACAUCACUGCCAGACUUACCUUUCUCGCAAUUAGUGAGCUAAACACAGAUGAGAAGCAGAGGCUUUAAGUAUAUCCACUCU